CUUCUGUCACAUGUGCUCGCGACCACGUAAAAAGAUCCACCAAGACAAAAAUUCACGAGCGACGUCGCGCGAGUGUCAUGCGUCUUCUCAGUGAGUGAGAGUGGGUUGUUGGUUUAUUGAUGCACUGCAGUGUGUCCCGAUCCUUGGUCGAGCUGGAGCACCCGGGGGGAUUUGCCUCUUCGCCGUGGGCAGCGGUAUUGGGCCACCAUCAUACGGCGGCCGCCGCUGCCGCAGCAGCCGCCGCCGGUGGUAUCAUGCACCAGGCGACAGAACACCAUGGAUACGCUCCCGCACACCACCCUGCCACUCCGAUGGAAUUGCACAUGUCCCAGGCAUUCCCUUAUUACCGAUAUCGAGACGAUUCACUUUGUUGGGCAGAAAGGAAACCCCCGGUCGACGAAGUAGGAAAUCCAACAUCUGUUAAUGCUCGUAUUCUGGAAUUGAGGAAGGAGAAGAGCAGGGACGCUGCAAGGUCGCGAAGAGGCAAAGAAAAUUUCGAAUUUUACGAGCUGGCCAAAAUGUUGCCUCUUCCAGCUGCCAUCACGUCUCAACUUGACAAAGCAAGUAUAAUAAGAUUAACAAUAUCGUACCUGAAACUCCGAGAUUUUUCGGGUCAUGGGGAUCCACCAUGGAACAGGGAUGGACCACCGCCCAACAAAUCUCUCAAAGCAGGGAGAAGUCGGACUUCAGCGGGUUUAGCUAUGGAUAUUUUUGAACAGCAUCAAGGAACUCAUAUAUUACAGUCCCUCGAUGGAUUUGCCCUGGCCCUUGCUUCUGAUGGACGAUUUUUAUAUAUCUCGGAAACUGUGUCCAUUUAUUUAGGGCUGUCACAGGUUGAAAUGACGGGUAGCAGUAUUUUUGAUUACAUUCAUCAGCAUGACCAUUCGGAAAUAGCAGAGCAACUAGGUUUAGGUUUAUCGCAAGGCCAAAGUAUGGCUUCUCCAGGAAGCGGCUCAGAAGAAGGUGCAUCUGUAACCGGUACAAAUAAUCCUGACGUAUCAAGUGUGAUGUCGAUAGUUGGAAAUCCUCCUUACAAAGGAUUAGACAGGGCAUUCUGCGUCCGUAUGAAAUCAACACUUACGAAAAGAGGCUGUCAUUUCAAGACUUCUGGUUAUCGGGUUGUGUUAAUGGUGUGCCACCUUCGUCCACAGUAUUCUUUUUCACAUUCCCGAAAAUCUCAGCCACCCCUAUUAGGGAUGGUAGCCUUAGCCAUAGCUUUACCUCCUCCUAGUGUACACGAAAUUCGGUUAGAGUCCGAUAUGUUUGUUACGAGAAUAAAUUUCGACUUUAGGAUAGCUCACUGUGAACCCAAGGUAUCUGAUCUCUUAGAUUACACUUCGGAAGAACUUACUGGCAAAAAUCUGUACAGUUUGUGCCACGGGGAAGACGCUAACAAAUUGAGAAAAUGCCAUAUAGACUUAAUAAAUAAAGGACAAGUUUUAACGCACUAUUAUAGAAUAAUGAAUAAAAACGGAGGAUACACAUGGAUGCAAACCUGCGCAACAGUUGUAUGUAAUUCGAAGAAUGCCGAAGAACAAAAUAUUAUUUGUGUUAAUUACGUGAUAAGCGGCAAGGAGUACGAGAAUGUAAUCAUGGAUUGCUGCCAGUUGGAUGACAAUUCCCAUUCCGUAAAGCGGGAAGAAACGGGAGGAAACGACCCCGAGAACGGAUCACCAGAUGCAGACCAAGGAGAUGGCCAAAGUAAUGGAGGACCGUCAAACGCUGCCCAAGACCCGGCGCACAGCAUGGAAAAGAGUGGAAACGAAGAAACGGGAGAUCCGAGGAGCAGAAGAUCGGACCAAAGUGCUCAACUUCAAACCCCGGCCGAAAAUCAACGCCAAGCGAGAGGUACGAAACGAAAAUCACCCCAAAACAAUGGCGUCUCGUCCGAUGAAGAGGAGGAACUUUCAGAUCAGAGGAACAUUGUACUCAGUCCUGUGUCUUCUUCAUGUCACUCCUCCAAUACGGCUCACGUGGGGAUGACCGAUUCGACGGGUACAAGCCCGAAAAUUCACGAAGACACCACCAGCACGUCGGUGAAAGAUUUGGAGAACGCCAUGUCGAAACAUCUUCCGGCUUGCAAAUCUCCUGUCCACCAGCCGACCGACUUCAGUACUGACGCUCUACUGAAGCAGCAACAGAGGACAACGAUUCAAUGGAUCGGUGCACACCAUCAACAACUGCAACAGCAAGGGACUCUCCCGGCAUCUGCUCUUUUGCGACAACUUUACGCAAACAGAGAAAGUGUUAUCCGGGCAAAUGUGCAUGGUAUAACGUCAUCUAGUAUAACGAGACCUGCCAAUUCCUCUUCUUACUAUGCCGGGGAUGCACAGGUAGGUACUUUACCGACUCCUCCAGGUAGCGAAGGAUCUUCAUCGUACAGCGAUCAUCAGUUCUUACUCUCCCAACACCAGAAUUAUCCUUCUGGAUAUUCGAUGGAUUAUCAUACAGCCAUGACACCACCGUCGAGUGUGUCGCCACGUGACAAGCAUCAACAGUUACACAGUGCCGUGACGUUUGAGACUCCUGUGUAUCAGGACGUGUUACGUCACCAGUAUCCAGAGAGUCCCCUGCCCCUUAAACCACAGGUUUACUCGUACGUCGAUCAACCCCAAUUUUACCAUCACGGCGCUGCUGGAACUGGAUUCCAUUUAUAUCAUCCCAACAAAACCACGCCAACCACCCCAUCGAACUGGUACUCCUCUUCAUAGUGUUUUGGUAUAAGACUUUUUGACAUUUUUGAAUAUAUAUAUUGUAUAAAAUUUAAAAUACAACUCAAAAGUGUUGGACUUAAUGUGUUCCUUAAAUCGUCGGACUGUUGUAUGAUACAUGAGUCAUGUAGGUGGUACUUUAUUGCAGUAAUUUCCGGAAAAAAAGAAUACUAGAUAUAUAAACCAAAGAACCGUUUAUUGAAUAUUGCGCGAUCAUGACGGCGAAAUAAUUUUUAUAUUUAUCUUUACAACUAUUUCAAUGCUGUGAAGUAGUUUCAUAAGUUAAUAUAAAAAAUACUGCCGCUGACAAGUAUGACUUUGUUUAUUAAAUUAAACAGUGAUAUUUAACCAGUGUAAAAUAGUAUUUGAGCCCCCUUACAACUAAAUACGUUUCUUUUGCU